CUCGGUCCCUCCUUCCCCCCCGUUGGUCCGUUGGGACGAAGCCCAGGCCGGGCGAGAAUGCGACCCCUUCACACUCUCGCCCGCCACUUCUCCACGGCGGCGAAUCUCCCAAAGAUUCCCUACAAGCACCGCCCCAGGGCCCUCCGAGAGGCCCGGCAAGCCCUCACCGACUACCUCCACUCCACCAAGUCCCUCCCAUUCACCUUCGCCGACCUCAUCGCCCGAAACUCCCCCUCCUCCCUCUCCGACCUCAUCUCCCCACUAGACUUCUCCUCCCCCUCCGAUUUCUCCAGGACCCUGCACAAGCACCUCCGCUACCACCCCAUCAACGAGUUCGAGUUCUUCUUCGAGUCCAUUGGCAUUAAUCACCGCGAGAUCGACGCAUUCUUGCCCCGCCGCAAGUUCUUUCUCUCCGAAGACAGGAGGUGCCUCGAGGCCGCCUGCGCUCUCUACGGCUUCGGGUUUUCGUGGAACCGGUUGGGUGAGCUGUAUAGGGAGCAAGCUUCGAUUUUUAGUAGGACCCAGGAGGAGCUGAGCUCCAGGCUCUGUGAGCUGAAGAACGGAGGGUUCAGUUCUGACAUGGUCAUCGCCAUUUGCUUUACUUUCCCCCGCUUGUUGAUUGCAGAGGGAUGUGAGUUUGAUGCCCUGUUUGAUGAUUUGAAGAGACUCUUGCUGGAUGCUGGUCUGGAGAGCUCUGUUGAGGCCAAUGUGGAUUCUUGGUGUAAGGUCUGUAGGACGAUUAGGCUGUUCUAUGAAUUGGGUUUUGAAGAGGGCAGUGUCAGAAAUUCGAUCAUUCGAUGCAUAGGUCUGUUUCUUGGAUGCCCUGAAGAGGUUUUAGUUCAGAAAGUGAGUUACUUCAGUAGAUUUGGUGUUUGUAAUCGAGAGGUUGGUUCCUUGUUUCUUCACAGGCCCGAGGUUUUAGGCCUUGACCUGGAGACACCCGCGAUUUCCGUAGUCGGGUUACUGAAGCAUUUCGGUUUGAGUGCAGCAGAGUUAGAAGACGUUUCUCGUAACUAUCCUCAUGUGUUGGGUAGAAGUAGAAUGGCCAAUCUGCCUCAAAUCAUGAGAGCCAUGAACUUGCACAUUUGGUUCUUGAGUCGGAUGAGGGAGGGUGAUCACGAGUUGUUAGCUAGUUACGUUAUGAGUGAGCACGAUGCUGACUUGGACAAAGGUUAUAUGGAGAGCCUGGUGAAAAUUAAGUCAUCUCGAUGUUGUGUUCAUUCGAUGAGUAAGCUAAAUUUCUUGCAUGGGAUUGGGUUCGGUGAGAAUGCUUUGACUAUUUGGGUAUUGGCCAAUGUGCACGGGAGUAGUAGUGAACUGCAAGAGCGUUUCAAUUGCCUUCUACGCUUGGGUAUCGAGUUCUGGAAGCUCUGUAGGAUGAUCAGUUCUUGCCCGAGGUUGCUGAGUCAGAGACCUGAAACACUGGAACAGAAAGUCAACUUCCUCCGCAAUGAGAUGGGAUCUUCUUUGGACUACCUUGACAUUUUCCCAGCAUUCUUGUGCUUCGACUUGGAGAAUCGGAUCAGACCCAGAUGUAGUUUCCACAUGUGGCUCGUGAAAAAUGGCUUGUGUGCUAGGAGCUACACCUUUGCUAGCAUAAUUGCUACCAGCGAAAAGAAAUAUAUGGCUCGGCUCUACUGGAUUCAUCCUGCUAUCGUGAAGAUAUGGCUGGAGCACUUCUCGUGCAAAAGGAUUUGACAGAAUAAGCCUGAUAUGGACUGAGUUUGUACAGCUCGCAAACAAACUUACCAUACUUUGAUUGUUUUAAGAAGUUAAGCUUCAUUCGGAAGAUCGUGUGGGCAGUAUCUUGAAACUGACUUCACUCAGUUAACUGUAUCGAUUGAUUGUAGAAAUUGCAAAUCAACGAGUAAAUUGUCUUGCUUCUGUGCUGGUACUUAAUCUAUCUGCUUGACUUAAACGAUGGCUAUUUAUGGAAGAAUCUCUGGAUCGUUGUUCUUGAGUUGA